AUGCGUUUAAAUGCAGAGUUUUUGACACAGGUUCCUUCAUUUAUUAAUCCUUUGAAGGAAUCAGAAUUGGAUUUAAGAUAUGUCAACAUUCCGUUAAUUGAAAACCUGGGUAUACUUCGAGAUACCAAUGACAGCAUUGAUUUUACCGACAAUGACAUUCGGUAUCUAGGAAACUUUCCACGUAUGAGACGUCUUCAAACCCUUCUGUGCGGUCGAAAUAGAAUAAGCACCAUCGAUCCAGAGCUAGGGAAAGUGUUGCCCAAUUUGAAAAUUCUUUCGUUAACCCAAAAUCAUAUUCAACAAUUGGCAGAUUUAGAUCCUUUAUCCACAUGCCCAAGGCUUACUCAUUUAACCUGUCUUGACAAUGCUGUAAGCCAAAACCAGUAUUACAGGCUGUACUUAGUAUGGCGGAUCCCAUCAUUACAUAUAUUAGAUUUUGAGCGUGUCAGAGAAAAUGAGCGACGUCGAGCUCAAGAAAUCUUUGGUACUAUUGAUCGUCCUACUGAAAUAGCUGCAUCCAUAAUGGGAGUUAAGAGUCGCGUAUUCGACUUGGGAACUCUUGUACAAUCGUCAAAUACAGAUACGAACGCAACGGUUUCCACUGGCUACGCAUUAACACCCGAGGAGAAGGAACAAAUUAAAGAAGCAAUUAAAAAUGCUUCUUCCAUUGCUGAAAUUAAUCGAUUAGAGGUUAUGCUUUUAGAAGGUAAGAUACCAAAAUAG